AUGAUGAAUGAGUCGGUCUGUUCUGUCUUUCGUGACAAACUGAAGCGUUUAUUUCACUGGGGUCCAAUUUCUACAAUCUGGAUCAUAUUUUUUAUUACGCUCACGAGUUUAUACAGUACCUUACAUGUCGCCCCUCCCUGUUCAUCACUUCUUGGUCUGUUUCUUUCUACGUGCAUAUUUAGUUUCUUUUAUAUGACUCUGAAGUCUUAUCUUUGUACUGUAUUUGUUGGCCCAGGAUUUGUUCCUCUCGGUUGGAGGCCGUGUGACCCUUCAGCUGAACAGAAGCUUCAGUUCUGUAAUGUUUGUAGAGGUUUUAAGCCUCCACGAGCCCAUCAUUGUCGAGCUUGCAACCGGUGCAUAAUGAAAAUGGACCAUCAUUGUCCCUGGAUAAAUACAUGUUGCGGUCAUCUUAACCAUAGAUACUUUUUGAUCUUUUUGUUGUUUGCUCCAUUCGGAUGCGUCACCUCUUGUAUAUCACUAUCGCUUUCUAUAUAUCAAAGUCCAGCAAUCUUUCCUAGUUUACUUUUGCGAAGAUUUCAAUCAAGCGUUUUGUUCGUCAUAGCUGAUCUAAUGAUAACAUUAUUUGCUUUGGGUUUAGCUGUUGGUGUUGCACUGUCUGUUGGGAUUUUAGCAAUUUUCCAGUUGAAAGCUGUUUCGAGGAAUCAAACGGGAAUAGAAUCAUGGAUCGUAGCGAAAGCAAACGUUUGGCGAAAGGAUAUAGGGGAAAAAAAACCGUUUCGCUAUCCAUAUGACCUUGGAAAGCUCGUAAAUUUUCAGCAGAUUUUUUUGUGGUCUGGUAAAGUCUUAGGAGAUGGAUACUACUGGCCUGUUGUGAAAGGCUGCACUCAGUAUGAUUUGACAUUGGAACAGAUCUAUCAGAAAAGGUUGAAGCAAAAAAUUCAGCGCACAUUCAAAAUUACCCAAAAUUAUGAUGGGAGUCGGUGUAUGUGUUUUCGUUAUGGAUGUCUAACUGCGAUACGUUCCCCAUGUUUUGAAGAACCCAGAAUAUCUGUACGUGUCGGUGAUGCUCUUAUGGUGACAAGAGGAACAAAGUACUGGAUUUAUGGGCAUUUGGUCCCUUCUGAAAGUUGUUCUACUGAUUUUUCAGAUUCUGUCAGAAUUCGUGGGUGGGUUCCUCGCGUUUGCGCUUUCGAGAUCGAUUUCAAACACAAAAACGAUAAGUUCUCGCUUAAGAAUGACUAG